AACCAAAACGGCGGCGGGCGGAAGAGUUUCUCAGUGAGUCUGUUUACCUGCGACACCAGACGGUCAGGCAUGUGGGGGACAACCAUGGCUAGUGGAGAUGUGUGGAGCGUGCUGGAGGAGUGUGUGAAGAAAAUAAAUGCCAACACCGCACAGCCAGAGAAUUUUCUGAGCCUUCAAGAUGAUGUGGCAGCUGACUUUACCUCUCUCACUAAGACCCUGUAUGACCUCCACAAAGCUCAGGAGCCCGCAGAAUGUAAAGGCAGCCCGCUGGCUCAGCUGGUGGUGGAAAACUUUGAUGAGGAGCAGAUCUGGCAGGAGCUGGAGCUGCAGAACAAUGCUGUGCUGAGACACUUUAAAAAUGCAGCUGAUGAGGCUUUAUCAGAUGAGACAUUAACAUUGCUGGUAGAAGAGGAGGAAGAGGAUAGCAAUGAGGAAGAAGUAGAGUCUGAUGAAAAAGAAGACGUGAAAGAACUGCCCAGACACUCUGCCCAGAAAAUGGCUGUGGAGGCUGAGGAUGGGGAAUUCACAGAUGAGGACUCUGAUUUAGAUUUUGAUGUGGAUGCCCUAGAGAAGCGAGAGAAACAGAAGAAGGAGAUGGGUAGGAAAGGCUCCAAAACAAAGGUGGUUCCCUCUGAGGUUGAUGAUAAGUUCUUCAAACUGUCUGAGAUGGAGUCGUUUCUUGAUGAUAUGGAUAAGCGAGAGGGAAAGGAGGAUGAGGACAAAGACGACGUAGACUAUUUUCAAGACCUGCCCUCGGAUGAGGACGAUAAUCUCGACCUAGAUCAAAUUAUUUCCACAAAAAAGCAAAAGAAAAACACUGUAAAGAGCUCCAGGAAUCUCAAGUACAAGGACUUCUUUGAUGCUGUGGAUAGUGAGCCAGCUAAAGCAGAUGACCAGUCAGAUGGCGAGGAUGAAAGCCAGGAAGAAGGUGAAGAAGAAAUAGAUGACGAGGAAGAUGAUUAUGAUGGUGAAGAGGAGGGUGACGAUGACAUGUUUGUGUCGACCUUUUCCAGGGACGAAGACUCCAAACCAUCUCGUAAGAAAGUGACCUUUAACUUCUCCGGGGACGAGGACAGCGAGGGAGAGGACAUGGAGGACAUUUUUGGAGGAAAAACGGCUAAGUCUGAAUCAAAGUCGUCAUUUGAGAAACGGCAAGAAAAGAUGUCAGAGAAGAUCGAUGAGUUGGAAAAAGCUGCUCUAGCAGCGAAGCCCUGGCAGUUGUCCGGAGAGGUGACAGCACAGACUCGUCCAGAGAACAGCAUGCUGGAGGAAGAUGUGGAGUUUGAGCAGGCAUCCAGGAUGGCCCCUGCUAUCACAGAGGAAACCACACUACAGCUUGAAGACAUCAUCAAACAGAGAAUUAAAGAUCAGGCAUUUGAUGAUGUGAUCCGCAAAGAAAAACCCAAAGAGGACGUGUUUGAGUACAAGAAGAGGUUAACGUUGGACCAUGAGAAGAGCAAGCAGAGUCUAGCAGAAAUCUAUGAGCAAGAAUACCUCAAGCAGACUCAGCAAAAGACGGAGGAGGAGAAGGAGAACCCAGCCCAUGUAGAAAUUCAAAAGCUUAUGGACACACUCUUCCUAAAGUUGGAUGCUCUCUCUAACUUCCACUUCACACCAAAACCACCUGUUCCUGAGGUCAAAGUGGUGUCUAACUUGCCAUCUAUUACAAUGGAGGAGGUGGCUCCAGUCAGCGCUAGUGAUGCUACGCUGCUCGCACCAGAAGAAAUCAAGGAGAAGAGCAAAGCAGGAGAUAUUCUGGGUGAUACUGAGAAGACGUCAACAGACAAGAAGCGUGAGAGACGCCACAAAAAGAUGGUGAAGCGUCUGAAGAUCAAGGAGAAGGAAAAGAGGCAGAAACUUAAAGAGGCCUGUACAACUGGUGAGCACAAAAAGCCCUCAAAGGCUGAAGUCACAGAAAAUCUGAAGAAACUCACAAAAGGAGGCAAAGCCACGAUACUCAAGGACGAGGGAAAGGACAAGGCUCUGCGGUCCUCUCAAGCCUUCUUCUCUCAGCUGCAGGACCAGGUCAAAAGCCAGAUCAAAACUGCAAAAGACCCAUCUUCAACAAAGAAGAAACGCAAAGAGGUUUCUGUCAGCAAACUCAAGUUAUAAUAACUGUGAUAGUUUGUCGUGGAAGAUCAACUUUUUAUUGUACAGAUUCUUUUUUUAUGAGAAAGCUGCAAUAUAUUAAAUCUGAAAGUCCCUGUUAAGUGUUUCCAUUUUCAUUCAAAUAAAUCAAGUGCCCAGA